UGAUGAAAAACUUUUCUUGAGCUAACUCACGAGACCGACUCGCCUCAGAACGCUGAUGCUAACUGGAAAUGCUAAUUUCAACAUUAUUUUCCUUGAAAAGCGGGCGGACUCUUCUUUCGUUUCGUUGUUCUCAGGGAACGUUUUAACUGGAUGAGAUUUAUCUAGGCGGAGGAUGAUCAACAUGAGGUACACUUGAAGUCAAGCAGCGGAGUUUGACAUGUUUGAAAGAAAGCGCGAGCGCUGGGGCUAUGCUUCAUCUGCGGACACUCUCUACUUUUUUGCGUCUUCUCUGACAGGGUCGACGGCUGAUCCAAAAAGGGAGGCUGUGUGUUAGUUUCGGGUGUGUACAGUAUCUCCACAAGAGGUCUGGCUCAUGUCCGCGGAGACAGUGUUACCUCCGGAGGGGCCUGUAGGUCCGGACAAGCAACAGCAUGAGACGAGUCUGCUGCUGGCUAACUCCCAAGACCCAUGCCAAACUGAUGCUAAAGGAUUGCCUGACAUGGCAGAAACGUGCACUACUCCAUCCUCCAGAGACUGCUGUGCUGAUGGGCAGGUGGGCAUGAAUAGGGAGAGCCCUGCCCAUGUUGAACCGAUAAGAACUCAGCCUCAGUCUGGUGAUGGAGAGGUCACACGGCUGCACAAUGGCCUCCACCCAGGCAUGAGCAAUGGCCAUAGAACUCCACCAGGAACGACACAACCUGCGGUAUCGUCUGAUUCCUUCUCUGAGACGAGAAAACCACCACCUCCCGUCUCUCAGCGUGUGCAGAAAAAACUCCGCUCCAGCCUGUCUGUCAACAGUGACAGCAGCAGGAGGAGCAAAGGCAGUUCUACAGGCUCCCACAAACCUGGGUCCUCUCCUGAGGACUGUUGUGUGCACUGCAUCCUAGCCUGCCUGUUCUGUGAGUUCCUCAACCUGUGCAACAUGGUGGUGGCUCAGGCAUCAUGCGGCGCCUGCACAUCGGAGGCUUGCUGCUGCUGCUGCUGCGCGGACGACCUGGGAGACGACUGCAACUGCCCCUGCGACAUGGACUGCGGCAUCAUGGACGCCUGCUGCGAGUCCUCCGACUGUCUCGAGAUCUGCAUGGAGUGCUGUGGCAUCUGCUUCCCCACAUAAAAGCCUUGUUCACCUGCAGAUAGCACAUUGAGACAGACAGCCUGUGUGUGAAAGUGACAUGCGUGUGCCUGUAUAUAGGUUGUGUGUGUUUGAAAAUACACAUGUACACACACUCUAAAAUGAAAAAAAAAGAAAAAAGUCUGGCCUCCCUCCGCCUGAACAAGAUGCUUUAUUAGUUUGAACAAACUAAAAAUGUUUCAAGUUAUGUGUGUGUAAAGGGUAUAACAAUCAGUUAUGCUUAAAUCUCUAACUACUUUACAAAGUGCUUUGAGCUCCAGAAUUGUUGGCACCUUCAAGACUAUGGGCAUAAGUUACUUUAUAACAUUAACAACGCACACAAUGAUGCAAAAUGAAUUUUGACAAAUUCUUUAACAUUCCUCAAAAAAAGAGGAAUAAUAAUACUUUCUCUGAAAAUGUGGAAUAAUUUUUGUAAUAAUAAUCCCUAAUGAAUAUUUAAAAGUAAUGCAAACAAAUAAUCUUUUUCCUUUCAUCAAGUAUACGUUUUUGAAUGAGGUUGUACAUGCAGCUUUUUUUGUAGAUUUACCAAAUAAAAAUAUACAACAUAUUUAAAAAACAAACAACAGCAUAUAAUGCAGACCUACACCGAUGAGCCAUAACAUUACAACACAAAACAUUAUGCCUUGUGUUGCGUAGAUGGCACCUGGGCAGCCCUAUCUCCUAGGCACAUGACUGUGUGCUACAGUGUCCGGCACUAGGAUUUUAGCAGCGGAUCCUUUGGGUGCUGUGGGUGGGCUCUCCAUGGAUCGGACUUGUUUUUCCAUAAAUACUCGAUCAGAAGUGUCUGCUACUUAUGCUCUGUAAAGCCUUCAUAAUCUUCUGUGCGGUAAAUUGGUGAAUUUUGAGGCGGGCAGCCAGCACUCCGUUCUACACCAUCUAAUUCCAUGGUCUUUCCUGAUUUUAAUUUCUUCCUACAUUGUAGAACAGUUCUAAAGGCAGCCACAUUGUUGAUAUUGAGAUGUGUCUGGUACUAAUGUUCUGUAAAACCUUCACAACAAUCUAAUCUGAGGUGUUAUGGAUAAGAUGGUCUUUUUGAGAGCUAGUUUCCUCAUGGUGCUUAAUGGGGUUUGCCAAUGUUCUUGACAAUGCUGUUCUUGCAAGAACACAAGAACUAUUCCAGAACAGCUGAGCCUCAUGUCUUCAGUCUAAAUAAAAACUGGGGGUUUUGGGGUGGGUCUUCCGUGGACCAGACUGUUUGUUUGGCACAUCCCAUAGGUACUCUAUUAGAUUGGGAUCUGGGGAGUUUGGAGGCUGGGUCGGUGGCCUUGGGCUCUUUAUCUGCUGGGCCUCAUGUACGGCAGGCUAUGGGUGUUCUGGUGCCUUUCUAUCAUUGACUUUUUAAAAAAAAAAUUCUGUGGGCUCAGAUUAAACAGACUGGCCUUUGGUCACAACACAGGCAUAUAUGAGCCUUGCGUGUCCAGGGUCCUGUGACCAUUUGUUUAAUUUGUUGAUGUUUUGUGGUGUUAAUGUUAUGGCUCAUUAGAACAAUGUAGAAUCUAGGAGUGAGGUUGUUAUUGUUAGUUGAAAAGUCAUGUAUUACAUGUGUUAAAUGUUUUACAUUGGUGUUUCUAAAAUAAUAUAAGGCUACAAAUAAAAACAAAAACAAAUUAAGGCUACAGUGAUACAUUUUUUGAGAAGAUUUAUGAAUAUUAUUUAAAACUGUAAUUUUAAAGUCCAAAUCCUGGUUGUUGGCCACAAAUUGAUCUUUCUGAAACAUUUUAAGCCUAAAUAUGCAUUAGACUGCUCUUAAACAUAUUUUGUCUAAUUUAAAGACGGAUGUCCACAUUUACAAAUCUGGGAAUAUUUAAGAGCUUGAAAUGUUGUGGAGUGUUCCAUGUUUUCUCUAUGAGUCUUAGACAACCUUGCUGGGUAUUAAGGAGGGAAUCAAGUUAAAUUCUCAGUUUAGUAGGCCUUACCAAAUGUUUGUGGCAAUAAUAAUAAAAAAAACUAUUUACUACUUAUUGCUAGAUAUGUACAUGAUUAUGAUAUGUUUGGGGUUCAAACCUUGUUCAUUGUGUGUCAAUAUAUUUAUUUUUGCUCAUUUAAUGAAUCACGUCAGUAAUUUCUGGAGCUGUCUUUUUUGACGAGGUCUGUUAUUGGUGUGCUCUAACUUACAUUAGGAUGGGCUUCAAACUACUUUGCUCUAAAACAACACUGUAAUUUCCACAGAUACACUACCAGUCAAAAGUUUAGACACAGAUCUAAAUUCAUGGUCUUUGAUUUUUAUUUAUUUCUACAUUGUAAAACAAUACUGAAGGUGUUCAGAGGUGUACUUUGAGAUGUGUCUGCUACUUUUGCUCUUUAAAGCCUUCAUAACGGCUCUAAUCUGAGGUGCUGUUUGUUAAUUGGUGAUUUUUGAGGCUGGUAACCCUAAUUGAUCUUCUCAGUGGUAUGUGUUCUUGCUUUCCUGGUAUGGUCUUUGAAAAGGGACGGUUUCAUCCUGGUGCUUGAUGGGUUUUGUACAUGCACUUGACAAUACUGUUCUUACAAGAACUGUUCUGGAACAGCUGACCUUCGUGUCAACUGGCUGUUAUUGUUGUUACUUAAUAACGUAAUGCCAUAUGUGUUGUUUCAUAGUUUUGAAAUCUUCAGUACUGUUAGAAUGUAAAAUAUAAAUUCAAACUUGUGUCCAAACUUUUGACUGGUGUUUCCAAACUUUUGACUGGUACUGUAUACGACUGUCUUAUACUGCAGAGGUCAAGUCUCUGUGCGUGUUUUAUGUGUAUUUUAAAUUUUUUUUACUUGUUAAAAAAGCCUGUUUUUUUUUUUUUACAAUGUUCCUGUCUGGUAAUACAUUCUUUAAGCAUCGUCUACUGUAUCUUGAUUCAUUACAGGUUUAUAGUUCUUAGUGUGAAAGAAAGGUCUAAUAAGCAUUGUUAUACAACAGUUCCGACUGAAUAAUCUGAUUGGAUGCGAAGCAUUUCAUGGGCAGUGAUAAUGGACGUUGACAGCAGUGGGAGGUUUAUCUAUAUGUAUCUCUCUGCAUCAGCGUUGUUUCAAUAAUCACUAUGGUACAAAUAAUGAGGAGUGUGCACCUGCUAGCCAAAAAUUCUAUUCAAAACCAGUCACGGAAACACUUUCAGCAAGAAAACACAUUUGAUAGUAUGAUAUCUUUAAAAAAAAAAGUUGUCCCCUAAAUAAUCGCUUCUAAGUUGUUUUAAAUUGCCAUCUGAAGCAGGGUUGAUCACUCUUCAACCCUAUUUGGCGUUUGAAACAACGGAUUGUAAAUCUUGGCCAUUACCUUUCCAUUUGAUUGCAUUUGGGAUUUGACCCCAGAACCCAGAAGUUAUUAAAGCUGAUAUUCUAAAGUGGAAACACAAACUUCUGAGAUUUACAGAAGGAAAUCUCGCCUCCAUUGUUCAUUCUCCUCAUACUUCUACAGUACAUUCUUGUACAAUCUCAUGGCCAUACCAGUACGAGUAAAAAUGUAAAAUACUUUCUCCCCUGUUAAUUACACUAACUGUUGAUCGCCAGAUUCAACAGUCUCACUUAAAUUCCCUUAAGGCAUUUGCUUAAUGAAAUGCGUUGGUGGAGCAAAAUAACUGGUUAAAUAAAAAAAAAAAACUAAAAAACAAUGCAUACUUUUUUUUUUUUUUUUAAACAAGAAUCAGUGUUUGACGAACUGUUGUAUAAAAGCCAUAUCACACUCAUGGUCGUGCUGAAUAUGUUCUGCACUCAGGCUGCACCCUCAUCAUUAUGGCUGCAGCACAGCCAUGCUGAUAACCAGCACAACAGCACUUUCUCUCGUGUGAUGUUGCUUAAAUGAAUUAUGACAUGAUUAUGAAAACAAUAUCCUACAGAACAUGACGUCCUGUGUAGAGUCCUUUCUUUCCAUUUAGCUUAUAGCUUUCAAUCACAUCAAUAUUCAUUUUUUUCUUUAUUUGGUAACCAGACAUGGCGUUUUUCUUGUUAGUAUAUAAACUUUCCUUUAACCUCUGCUAAUGUAAAAACAUAGUACAACCUUGUCUAAAAUACUGGACCUAUUAUACAAAACAAUAUACAUUCCUAAACCAGCAUUUUUGUAGUUGGUUGUAGAUGUUAGUUGUAGUUGUUAAUCUAGAUGAAAUGAUUUAUUUGACUUUAAUGAUGACAUUUACAUUUUACUGUCAUAAUGGCUCUUAUAAAAUUAAUGUUGCUUACAGGUGUGUCAGUAUGAGUUAAACUCUCAUGUAGUCAGUGUGUAGGGGAAAAAAAAUCCACUUCACAAGUGCUUGUUUUCUUUAUUAUUAAAAUCUACCUUCUGUAUCAGUGUAGUAAGGAGAAUAGUAGAAGUACUUGACAAUCACAUUUAUAGGUUAUGGACUUUUAUGUAGAAAUGUAAGAAGUGUGUGUAUUAGUGAUAGAAGACAGUAAUCAUUUCAUAACCAAUCAUCGGGUUGAAUUGACUAAUUAAUGCUUGAUAAACAGUCAGAUAAACCACACACUACGAUGCUUAAAUUAGGGAAAUUGUGGGUAGAGUUAUUUUUCUCCAGACUGUGCUGAAAUUACUAGUCCUUGUGAUGUUUAUCAGACACAAUUUUAUUUGUACUUAAAUAAUGAAUAAGGCCAAUAUAUGUUGUAUUGAUGUGUUUGGUACGGCUUUUGUGUAUUUGUGAAAACUGACUCAUCUCUGUUAAAUGUUAGACUAACUUGCUAAACUGCACUUUUCAAAGACGUAUUGAAAUGGAAUUGGGAUAAUAGCAAUGUUGGAUGCACUAAACUGCUCAAGACUCUCAGAGCACUAGCAAGACUCAGUAAAUAAAACUAACUUUAAAUAUUAUUUUUUUAUAUUUUAGCUCUGAGCCGUUGCAGGGUAAAUGUGUUUGUUACAGUAGAUAUAUGCCAGUUUGGAAAUUGUGUUUGUGCCCUGAAUACUUAUUGUAAAAAGUGAUUUAUAAUCCUGACAUUACCUAAAAAAUUAGAAAUUUGUUUUAUGUACAAAAUGCGUGAAAAAACACAGUAUUUUAUUAUUUUUUUUCAGUAAACUGUUUCGGUAAAUGUUUUUUUUUUUUGUUUUUAAACAAAGAAACCAAUUUUAUGUGGAUGCAAGGGCCAAAAAUUUAAAUAUGACAAAAUGUGAAUAAUUUUUGUUUGUUUGUUUGUUUAUUUGUUUUAGCUCUUGCAUAUUUAUCCUUUGACAUUUCAUGUUAAAACAGGGUCCCGUUUUUUUUAUUUUUUAUUAUCAUAAUGUCAAGUUUUCUUUAUUAGAUUCAUUUAUAAGUCUUGUUUAGAUUUAUUCAAAGGGAUCUUGUUUAUCAGUAUUCAUUGUACUACAUCAUUUUGGAAAUCCUGAGUUAUUUGAUCUUUUUCUUCCUUAGUCAUCCUAAAUAAGAUUAGACUUAGAAUAUACAAUACAAAGCUUUGCUUGCUUUUAAACUUGAGACACUAUAAUGUUUUUUUAAUAAUUAUUAUUAUUUUUUAGAAUAAAACUGCAUUUAAAAUCAAA